AUGGCCGAGCCGGCGCAGAAGAAGGGCGGCGUAGGGCGCGGCGGGCGGCAGGACGAUGAGGCGGCGGCGGCCGGGGGGGCGGCGGCGGCGGCGGCCGCCCCCAGCUACGAGGACUACGAGUGCAAGAUCUGCUACAACUACUUCGACCUGGAGCGGCGGGCGCCCAAGCUGCUGGAGUGCCUGCACACCUUCUGCCAGGAGUGCCUGAGCCAGCUGCACCUGCGGGCCGCCCAGCAGCCCCCGGCCGCCGCCGAGCAGGGACCGGCGGCGGGGCCGGCGGCGGGGCGGGCGGGCGGCGGCUCCCUCGCCUGCCCGCUGUGCCGCCACCGCACGGCGCUGCCCGAGCACCGCGUCCACGGCCUGCCCGUCAACACCAAGCUGGCCGCCGCCUGCCCGCCGCAGCUGCGGGCCCGCGACCCGCUGCCCCAGGACCGCCUGCCGCCGCUGCCGCCCCGCCGCCCGCCCCGCGCCCGGGAGGCGGCGGCCGCCCUGGCCCCGCCGCCCGCCGCCCCGAGCCGGGCCGGGCCGCGCUCCUCGGGCGGCGGCGGCGGGUGCGAGAGCUGCCAGAGCUGCAAGCGGGCGGCGCUGAGCGCCGGCUGCGUGUGCGUCGUCGUCUCCUUCCUCUCCAUGGUGGUGCUGCUCUUCACCGGCCUCAUCUUCGUCAACCAGUACGGCGCCGAGCCCGCCGCCUCGGCCUCGCCGUCGCCCGUGGGGCCCAUCUGCCUGUCGGUCGCCAGCAUCCUGGCCCUCUUCUCCGUCGUCGUCACCUGGCUCAUCUGCUGGCUCAAGUACCGGCCCGAGGCGGCGGCCAACGCCGGCGGGGCCCCGGCCGACGGCACCCCGCGGGGCCGGGCGGCAGCCCGCAGGACCGACACGUAG